GACCCUACAUAGCCAGUAGCGCCAUACACAUACGGUCGGUUCAUUUCUUCUCGGUUGAAGCUUCAUACAGAUCUCAGUAGGAAAGGAGAGAAGCAAUGUUGACGGAAUGCCCUGCAUCUCCAGGUCAGUACACUGACCACAUGAAUCUUGAUCAUCAUGAAGUAUAAGAGAAGCUGCGAGAUAAUACACGGCAAAGCAUCAGUUCAAGUGAGGAUGGCAGCACUUGUCUUCCUCCGCGUUCUUCCCGUACUCCAAUUUCAUCAUCCAGGAAAAGGAGCAGAGUAUUCUCUCUCAUCUACAAAAGGGAAAGUGGUCCUUGUUGUGAGCACUGCCUCGAAGUGUAGCUUUACUCCCCAGUACCAAGGCUUGGAGGACAUCUAUCGGCCUUCGGGAAAUGUAUGAUGAUGACUACUUCAUCUUGGGAAUUCCUUGUAAUCAGCUCCUGCUGCAGGAAUAUGGACACAACGACGACAUGUAGACCUUCUGCCAGCUCAAAUAUGGGGUCACCAAAGUAUAGAAGCGAAUACUCUACGUGGUGGCCG